UGUGAAACAACGUGCGCUUGAGCUUUUCUACUCAGUUGUUGUCUGAACUGUCCGAGCUUUCGCCGUUCUCGAAUUUAAUCUUAAUACGUGACAUUAAAAUACUACCGCGCCGGUUGUUAAUACUUUUUUCAAUUUACUUUACUACGAGGUAAAUCUGGCAACUUCAGACACGAGGGUAUCACCAGAAAUGUCCGUAGAUGUGACCAACGGCCAACGGCCUCACGUUGAAGAUUACAGCAAGCAAGUUUUUGGCAGUGGAACGGAACAAGUAAUGGAAGAAGCGAAGACCUGCGGGAAAAUAUUAACAGUCCUUUCGUGGAUGUUAGUUAUCCUAACGAUGCCUUUCUCUCUGUUGGUUUGCUUUAAGGUGGUGCAAGAAUAUGAACGGGCAGUUAUAUUUCGCUUAGGACGUUUGCUAUCCGGUGGUGCAAAAGGGCCAGGAAUUUUCUUUAUACUACCUUGUAUCGAUGCAUAUGCUAGAGUUGACCUACGUACAAGAACUUAUGAUAUUCCCCCUCAAGAGGUGUUGACAAAGGACAGCGUUACGGUCUCCGUGGACGCCGUGGUGUAUUAUCGCGUCUCGAAUGCCACGGUUUCGAUUGCGAACGUUGAAAAUGCUCAUCACUCGACUCGACUGUUGGCGCAAACGACCCUACGUAACAUAAUGGGCCAACGCCCAUUACAUGAGAUCCUCAGCGAACGUGAAAGCAUUUCUAAACAUAUGAAAUCGCUAUUAGACGAGGCCACCGAGUCGUGGGGAAUCAACGUUGAAAGGGUUGAAAUAAAAGACGUUCGUUUGCCUGUACAAUUGCAGCGAGCCAUGGCUGCCGAAGCAGAAGCUGCUCGUGAGGCCAGGGCUAAAGUGAUUGCUGCAGAGGGUGAGCAGAAGGCAUCCAGGGCUCUGAGAGAAGCAUCGGAAGUAAUCGGUGAUUCCCCAGCCGCACUUCAACUACGUUAUUUACAGACGUUAAAUACGAUUUCUGCCGAGAAGAAUUCUACAAUAGUGUUUCCACUACCAAUCGAUAUGGUGACAUAUUUCUUACAAGCGAAACAAAAUUCCCAAAAAGAUCCGUUUUAAUAAAAAAGGUAAAAAGAAUCACCGAGUGAGCAUUGUGAUAAAAAGUUGUAAGUGCACUUCAAAUAAAACACUCUGUAUUUUACAUUUCUCGUUAAACGUAUAUAAUUGUAUGAUAUAGGUACUUAUAAUAUACAAAAGGUUGUGCCUCCGCUGCUGGCAACGGCAAUGGCAUUAAAAAGGGACAUUAUCCAACUAUCCAACAAAAUCAGCAAAAAUUUCCUAUGUAUACGUACAAAAAUCCUUAUUGUACUCCUACGGUAAGAAAUAAAACACAAAAAGGUAUUAAAUCGGCUGAGACCAGAAUCCACGCCGGAAAAUGAACUUUCAUAUGAAAAUAGUUGGGAUUUUGCGCUAGAAUUGUCUUUGCUUAUCUACACGUGACUAUCUGAAAACUUCACCUGCUUGCCUUAAAAUUAUUCUAAACCAGGGGUGGUCAACCCAAUUAGACCCACUAUAGUCAUUUUUUUGAACUUAUAACUGUAAACUCAUUAAUAAAACAGGUAAUAUUUGUCAUAUAUUCACAGAAAUAUUAUUAGUAUUAAUGUGAAAAUUUUUUUAACAAUUACAAAUUACCUUAAAUUAACAAAGAAAAAUUGUUGAUGCUGUCACACCCUCGUCUGGAAUCGAAUCCGAGAACUUGGAAUUUAGCGCUCAGAGCAACGGUGCGUAAAGUCAAAGAUCCCGGGUUCGACUCCCGGCGAGUGUAUAACAGCGUCAACACUUUUUUCUAACUAAUUUAAGGUAUUUUAUAAUGGAUAAGUUAAUUUUUUUUUAAAUAUUUCACAUGAUAUCAAUGUUAAUUUUUUCUCAUAAUUUUCGACAGUUAAUUUUUUAAUAUAUGGACGCAAAAAUAAUAUAUUUUUUUAAUACGUUGGUUUUCACUACUUUGGCGAUUAUAAAGUAAAUAUAUUUUACAAAGCUAUGAUGAAUUUUUCCCGAGCCCGAAAAAUGGUCAAGAGGUCCCGCAUGCGGCCACAGGCCACGUGUUGGCCAGCCCUGUCCUAAACUCUCAAGUCCUAACAACAACUGCAUUUAUCGGACUUAUAUUACUGCAUUAUUUAUAUAAAAAAAAUGGCUGAUGGCAUUUGUACAAAUUAUUCUAUACCAUGUCGCAUUUUUCAAAAAUUGAUGUCUGCCAUUUGACUUUUAGUCAGCCGCGGCUGGGACUGUGGGUAUAAUUAAUGGUGUCAUGAUCGUGAUGCUUUUAAUUAAAUUAUGGGUACCGUUACCGACAGAGGGGGCACAUCCUAAUUACCAUUAUUAUGAUGUGA